AGAUAGAUAGAUAGAUAGAUAGAUAGAUAGAUAGAUAGAUAAGUCAAGAAAUAAGGCAAUCUUAUGCGUUUCUGUUUUUUUUAAAGUGCCUCUAAAGUUGAAAGAUGAAAAACACUGUCAUAAUUGGAUGGAUCUUUGUGUGGAUCAGUCUCCAUAACAGCUUCUCCGCGAAGGUAUUAUUGAUACAAUAGGAUUCAUUACAUUUUAAGCAUACAGGGGGAGAUCUGUGAUCCAGGAGGUGAGGGGACAAUAACAAACCUCACAGAACACCACACCAGCAACAACACAAAAACCAAUGGGGCUUUAUACACGCAGAGAGUCUGUCUUUGACUGAUCUGACCACAGAAUGGGAUUUGGUUCGAAUCCAUGUGGACAAUUGCUUCUAAGAUCCCAAUAACAUGUUUAAGAUUUGGGGUGAGGGGUCUUUAGAGUCCCACACACGAACUGCUCGUGACUUCCUCCAAAAACACGCAGAAGAGAGGGCGUGUCCGGUGCUCCGUCCCGGAGAUAAGGUUCCUAAUGCGCCGAGUUGUGGAAACAACUUCUGUAAUCCUUUAUCAUGUGACUCAUAGUAAUAAUCAGCCCAUAAUGAAGAGAGACGUCUCCCGGGGAGAGGCGCAGAGAAGCAGAGCUGACCCACCGGCCCUUACGCAGACCUGCACGGACGUUGGCCUCCAGUCCACACCCUUCCGAAUCCAUCAGCCACGAUGCCCGCACACAAGAUCCUGCUGCGCGCGGGAGGAGGACGCCGGACCGGUCCAGUUUCUCCUUCUUUUUUAUUUUUUUGUUCCUCUCCGGAGAGAAGGGGCUCUGCGUCGUAUGAUGUCCGUUGUGGGCGCGCAGCCUUUCAUCAAACCAAUGCAGUCCUCACCGUCCGUGUCGCCCGGACUCCAGCGGAGACACACGCUGCCCGCCAGCGAGGUCCGGCCGCUCAACACGCAGGACGCCAUCAGCGUGUUUGAGAUCGAGAGAGAGGCGUUCAUCUCAGUGUCCGGCGAGUGUCCCCUCCACCUGGACGAGGUGCGUCACUUCCUCACGCUGUGCCCCGAGCUGUCCAUGGGCUGGUUUGAGGAGGGUCGGCUCGUGGCUUUUAUCAUCGGCUCUCUGUGGGACCAGGACAGACUCACCACGGACGCCCUGACCCUCCACAAGCCCUGCGGCUCCACCGUGCACAUCCACGUCCUGGCCGUGCACCGCACCUUCCGGCAGCAGGGCAAGGGCCCCAUCCUGAUGUGGCGCUACCUGCAAUACCUGCGCUGCCUGCCCAACGUGCGCCGCGCCGUGCUGAUGUGCGAGGACUUCCUCAUCCCCUUCUACCGCAAGUCGGGCUUCAAGGUGCUGGGCCGCUGCGCCAUCACCGUGGGCAGCCUCACCUUCACCGAGAUGUGGUACCCCAUCAGCGGCCACGCCUACAUGCGCCGCAACAGCGAGGCCAUCCGCUUCCCGCAGCAGACGCUGACCGUGCCGCUGACCAAGACCGACGAGCAGGUUGAUUUGUGACUUUAAAAAAAGAAAAAAGAAAAACAACUCCAAUCAGAUUUGGAAUCAAAAAGGAAGGUGGGGGAUCCUUCUUUUACAAAUUUCUAAGUGGCCGCUUGCUUUAAUUUAAUGGACUUCUUUCUCAGAUCUCUGACUGAAGCCCAUUACCGCGUGCGAUAAACAAGAAUGUACGAUACUGUCUUGGUCAGGGUCAGGUGUAAUCCAUGUUGAACUCUUAACUGUGUCUAAAACUGGAGUUUGAUGUUUUAUUCGUGGUAGGGCUAUUGUCGUACAGUAAGCCGUUUCCUGCUUAACACUUUUCAGUGCUUCCCUCACUCCACACUGACGUCAGAACUCCGGCUUCAGCCGCUCAACAACAGCUCCUGCAGCUCUAUUAGGGGGCUUUAGCUGCUGGAAGUGUGUGGGGGAUUUAGGCUUGCUCAUUACUUACCCUGCAGAGCCAAUGACCUUAUUCAAACCUGUAUGCACUGUGGAUUUUAGUUCCUUUGGACUGGAAUGUUCUUCUUUUUUUUUGUUUCUUUUGCAAGUUUGUCUCCGUUACAGCAAAUGUCAAUUAAAUGUUUUAUACUGUUUUUAAAGA